GCAUAGAACCGCAAUCCAAAUCCUGAUCCAAACUCCACGUGGCAUUUUGCAUAAUUCUCGUCCAAGAUCAUGGUGCUGUCUCGCUUGGUGCUGCUCUGCUGUGCGCUGUCUGCUGGCAGUGUGGCUGCAUCCAUCGACUUCCCCGACUUGAGUAGCUACAGCCAGCCGUGCGAGCCCUUCACGUGCCGCCCCAAGCGUGCACCGGCCCCCGUCAAGGACCUCGAAUUUACCGCCAAUGGAUGCGGCACGUCCGGCAUGCCCAUUUCCACCUCCACGGACUUUCAGGAGUGCUGCGACUGGCACGACGCGGUACGAGCAUUUUAUACAAUGCUGCCCUUAAGUUCUUGGUUGACACACCGCUAUUUGUUGUCCUUAUUAAUACAGUGCUACAGCGUGUGCGGUAUGCCCAAGGCCAACUGCGAGAAACGCCUUCAAAAGUGCAUGAAAGCCAAGUGCAAGGCCAUCAGGGACCCCACCAGGCGCGACGAAUGCUUUUCGACCGCCAAGAUCUUCUACAUCGGCGCCAAUAUGAUCGCGUGUCCAGCGUACCAGGACGCGCAGAAGGAGGCGUGUGAAUGUGUGCCGACUGAGAAUGCUGCUGCCGCCACUCGUGAGCGUCUGGAGUAUUUCCUCGAGCAGAAUGGCGCUCCGGAAGAAGAACUGGAGGACGAGGCCAUCGACACACUGUUGAAGAAGUACAAGGGCCAGGAACCCACCAUGUUCCUGAGAGUACUCAAGAAAUACCCCAAGGCGCUCAAGACGGACCUCAGUAAGACCAACUUCAUGGACGAUAUCGUCAAAAGUGCCGACAAGGAUCUCAAGAAGAAGAAGAAACGAAAAGUCGUUGAGAAGGAGAUGCCUGUGGACGAGCACGAAGAGCUGUAGACAACAAGAGCUCAAUCUACACCAAUUUUUAGAGCAAAAAAUAGUCUUUCGCUUACA